GGCGGUGAAGAGAGACAACACCCCCUUGUUGUUGAGAGAGACCUGCCUGAAUACGCGGAAGGGGCGCUUCCUCGCACGCGGUAGCGCAGUGCGAGACGCCGCGAAGCAAGCUGCACGUGCUGGUGGUGCCGGAUAGCGCGCCGUCCGCGGCCAGCCUAGCCGGUGCGGCGGCCCACUUUCUGGUCGCGAGCGGUGCGCUGACCCGCAUCCGCGUAGUGUCGCCGCACUCCGCUACUGCGGCAGCCGCUGCUCGUGCCGGAGCCGCUGCUGUCGGUGCCGUCGCGGCGCUUGCCCUGGCCGAGCAUGUCUCGCGGCACGAGCCACUGGUGGAUCGGACGCCCGGGCCAUUCUCUCGCCCUGGUCCUCACCUUCGUCGUCUGCUGCUGCGGACCAGCCGAGGCCGGCUCCUCGCCUGCGAGUUCUCUGCCACCGCCUGCUUCUGCGCUGUCGUCUGCUCCGACUUCGCAGGCCAAGACGGUGAUGUACUACGACGGCAAAACGAUCGCCAGGGUGGAGUACGGUGCCGACGGAGUCACCCUGCAGACCUGUCGACUGUUUGAGCUGGACGACGAACGCGAGGCCGAGCCGAUCAUCAAGGCGCAGGGCCUGCCCGUGCAGCAGGUGGACUUCUCGGCCAUGCUGAACCUGAUCUCUCAGUGCCGGGACCUGCGUGACUGGUCCGCCAGCACCAACAGCACUCCGCAGUGGAGCGCGUCGACCCUGUGGAGCGGCAUCAUACCAGGCACCAAGUGGUGCGGCCUGGGGGACAUCGCGUCCUCGUACGAGGACCUGGGCACCCACGUGACUGUGGACGUGUGCUGUCGCGCACAUGACCACUGCCCCGUCAAGCUCAAGGCUUUCCGCACAGGAUACGACCUGGUCAACUUUUCCUUGUACACAAAAUCCCACUGUGACUGCGACCGCGACUUCCUCAACUGCCUGCGGCGGGCGAAGAGCCACAUAGCGGACACCAUAGGCAACGUGUACUUCAACGUCAUCAAGGUGCCCUGCAUCCGGAAAGUGCGCAAGCCUGUCUGCACUGACAAGGGUCUCAGGUACGGCCGCAGCGACAGCAGCUGCGAAACGUGGGCCUACCAGGAGCUGGGCAUGCAGUUUGUGCCCACCGAGCGCCACUACGACUGAGACCACGCCCGUCACCUGCAGCUGUUCACGACUGCAUCGCCCAGACUCCCGAGUUCACGACAAGCACGCGGAACUGGAGCCGCCAGUGAAAGCCGCCAAAAUUGUGUAAAUAAACAAGAACUGUUGCGCAUGUUUAGAA